CGGCGCAGAAACCGUAAAAGGCUGGAGCGGGCGGGGUAGGUGUGGCUCUGCCUGCGUGACCUGAGCCCCGGCCCCAGUCUCUGUCGUCUCCCGCGGCCGCAGCCUCUCAGCCAUGGGCGCCGUCUGGUCCGCCCUGCUGGUUGGAGGGGGUCUGGCCGGAGCACUUUUCGUUUGGUUGCUGCGGGGCGACCCUGGAGACACCGGGAAGGACGGGGACGCGCAGCAAGAGAAGGACGCCCCUCUUGGGGGAGCUGCGGUUCCGGGAGGCCAUCAGAGUGGCAGCGGCGGACUGAGCCCUGGACCUUCCGGGCAGGAGCUGGUCACCAAACCAGAGCAUCUUCAAGAAAGCAAUGGACAUUUGAUUUCUAAGACCAAAGACCUUGGUAACCUGCAAGCAGCAUCACGGAGAUUGCAGAAUCCUUCCAGGGAAGUCUGUGACAAUUCAAGAGAAUAUGUUUCUUCUGGACAGUUUCCAGACACAGAAGCUUCAGCUACCUCUGAGACCAGUAAUUCUAGGAGUUACUCUGAAGUUUCAAGAAAUGAAAGCCUCAAAUCUCCUAUGGGAGAAUGGGGAUUCCAAAAAGGACAAGAGAUAUCUGCUAAAGCAGCUACAUGUUUUGCAGAGAAGUUGCCUUCUAGCAACCUGCUCAUGAACAGAGCUAAAGAAGCAGCGAGCCUCUCUCAUUUGAACAGUCAGGACCGGGUUGACCACAAGGAGUGGGAAAUGGUGUCUAGGCACUCAUCUUGGGGGGAUGUUGGUGUGGGUGGCAGUCUUAAGGCUCCAGUGUUAAGCCUAAACCAGGGAAUGGACAAUGGAAGAAGCACUCUGGUGGAAGCAAGAGGUCAGCAAGUGCAUGGGAAAACAGAAAGGGUAGCAGUGAUGCCUGCAGGGUCUCAGCAAGUUAGUGUCAGGUUCCAGGUCCAUUAUGUCACAAGCACUGAUGUGCAAUUCAUUGCAGUAACUGGAGACCAUGAGUGUCUUGGGAGAUGGAACACUUACAUCCCACUCCACUAUAACAAGGAUGGGUUCUGGUCUCAUUCCAUUUUCCUGCCUGCAGAUACAGUGGUGGAGUGGAAGUUUGUGUUGGUAGAGAAUGGGGGAGUUACCCGCUGGGAAGAAUGCAGCAAUAGAUUCCUAGAAACUGGCCAUGAGGAUAAAGUGGUUCACGCAUGGUGGGGGAUUCACUGAUUCAGUUUGCAAAGUAUUGGAGAAGCUGUAGAACAAUGUGGAAGAGGCUGAGGUUGUGGAACACACUGAAUAAAAUAAAGGCAGUGUGACUCCAAAUUCAGCCAUCUGAAUUGUUUCAGAUUUGCUAGUGGCCUUUGUCUCAUGUGCAGAAAUAUAUAUGUGUGUGUGUAUAACGCUUCCAGUGAGUGUGAACUUUUCUUCCCUGUGGCACGGACUGACGGACUUGUGCUGAUCCAUUAUUACUUUAGGGCUUGAUUCUCUUGGGGAGUGACUUGGCUAAGCUUCAGGCGUGAACUGUGGUCAUGGAGCAAAAAAAUUAACCAGCUGCCCAGGGUUCAAACUUGAGCCUUUAGGUGAUCUUUAAACCAUGGUAGCAAAAUAAGCCUCACUCAAACAUAGCUGACUUCCUAUUGGUACAGCUUGAGAAGCACUUUUUACUACAUACAUAUUUUAUGCUUAAAAAGUUAACAUGAUACAAAACUGUGAUUAGAAAAUAUCUGGUCUGGAUGUGAUUAGUGAGGGUACAAGAUAAUGCUGUAAGACUGCCUAAUGCUUUUUGUUUGAUUUUCCUCUGCCAGGCGUGGUUAUGUGCUAUGAGGGUAGCAAGUAUGUCUUUGUCUUAAUGAUCUAAGGCUGGUGUAGAAACAAGGGGCCUAAUGAGAACCAGUCGUCAUGGAAGUCAGUCGCGGGGGCAGCCCAUGAGGAAAGGGAACAUGAGUGGGGGUGGGGGUAGGCUGAGUGAAGUAGCCUGAAUGACACCUCUUAGAGGACUGAAGUACAGGCACAGCCCGACUACAGGGACAGACACAGCCAUCAUUUACCCAUGGGAGCAUCUGUAGGACCAUCUCUCUUCCACUUCUCCUCCCCUCCCCCACCACAUGCGGCUAGAUGGACUGUCCUACAGUAACCGUUUCCACCUGUCGCCCUCUUCCCUCUCCUUUCAUAGCACUCACUAUCUUGGGUAACACAUUUAUACAGGACAGUGGUACAGAAGUACAUCUUUGCCCUAAGAAGACAGCAAAUAUUUAAACUUUAAGUUAUUAUAACUGAACAAAUAAUAAAACCUGAAUUUUAAUAUCUUCA